CAUAAUUGAGUUGAUUUAUAUGAAAAACAAAGCUCAAAAGUCUAUCCAUUCCUAUAAUUUAAAGAAUCCAAAACUACUGUUUGAGGCCAGGUCAAGUUUUUUUUUCCUUCAUACAAAUCAUGGGUGGUGAUCAAGAUUUCCAACAAUCACUUGGUGAGUUAUUAGAAAUCAAAGGCAAGUACAUCAACAACAAUUCAGCAAGAAAUCUUUUAUGGAAGAAAGUGAUGGAGGCUCAAGCCAAGAGAACAUGGUUAGGGAGUUGGAAACAAAAGAUGAAUAGCAACAUCCUCCAAGGCAUUAAUACAACAUCAAAAGGAGGCCAAAAACAUCAUUCGUCAAACUCAGCCAUAAUGAAGCCUAAAAGAAUUCCUACAAGGAAUAAUACUUUAAAGUUGAUGAAGAGGAGACGUGUUCGGCGAGCUGGCCAAGAAGGCUAUAGACGAUCUACCACGACUGUGAUAGAAAAGAAGGUUCGAACGUUGAAGAAAUUGAUCCCAAACGGCGAAGCAUCGGUUGGGUUGGAUGGGCUGUUUAGAGAGACUGCUGAAUAUAUAUCAAAUUUACAAAUAAGAGUAGGACUCAUGCAAGCUGUUGUAGAUGCAUUGUCAAAUUCUGAGUGAGUCUUAAUAGUGUUUAUAUCUCAUAUAUUGAUUUACAAAAUCAUUAUUAAGAUGAUGCAUGAAAAUAUAUGAUCAUAUGAUUUUAUGUAUGUAGUUAAUUAAAGAUUCAUCCUUUACUUCCACGAUAUUAAAUUUAUUGGUUUAA